UUCAGGCACGGGUUGAUCAGAGCCAUCCGCCACCCACGAUAAAAUAGUUGGAAUAGUGCGCAGUGCCCGCCCACGUGAAUCGAAAAUGACUCAACGAGAAAGACAAUAAAAUCAGAUGUUGCUUUCUAUCUUUCUUUUCGUCGUUUGGAUUUAAUAAUGCAGUCGCAAAAUGCUACAUAUGGAAAACACAGCACCAACACAAGACGAUAUCACAGAUUCCGAUGGUAAAGAAAUGGAUGAAGACAACACAGUCGAUGCUUUCAGUGAAGACAGCGAGGAAGAAAAUGCGGUACCAGCUCAUGAUAUGGCUCCAGAGUCAAGUUCCAGCAAAAGCGUGUGCGCAGAAGAACCGGAUGCUGAGCCCCUGCCUAGUCCCGAACUAGAGAGACCGGAAACAAAAACGUUACACAAAACAAAAGAAAAACUGUUCAGACCUUUUGAGGGUUGUGAAAACGUUACUACAGAUGUCGAUGAAAUAGGAAAGCCAGAUGUACCGAAGUUAUUUAUUGACUCGAAUGUGUCCAGAUCGGGUUUUAUUACGUAUUCACUUGAUAAAAGCCCUUUUGAUUAUAAUGCAGAAAACAGCAGUAAUCAAAUGUUACUUACGGAAUCGCGUGAUCAAAAAUUUGGAUUAAGAAAUGGAAAUUAUGAUAAAGGAAAACGAUCGCCUCGGAAAAAAGAUAACAGGGGGGAUUCUGAUGCAUUAUGCCACGUAGCUUGUAAAUGUUGCGCUAGAUUGUGCCGGAGAGAAUUCCCAGGGAAAGAAACAAUGAAAUUAAAGACAAUGUUGCCGAAAAUUUAUGCAAGGGAUGCCCAUUCUUUUCACGCGCAAGGACCUUUCUUUCUCAAUGAACAAAUUCCAAAGAGAAGGUGUGCUGAUGGGAGCAGGGACGACAGCUCGAGCCAUACUGUAGAGGAAAGGGUUUUAGAACGCGGGAUUUCUACGGGGACAAAUAGUUGUAGAGACAAACUUUGCAAACAGGAAAAUGACCAGACAGACCCCAGUAGCAAGAUCCCUCAACUGAGAUUGAAGCAGAACUCGUCAAUCAAAGACGUUUUCUCGUAUCAAUCAGAUGUUCACCGUGAUUCUUCCGAAGAAUAUAACCCAACCUUUCCUUCACACCAGAUUGUUUUAAAAGACGGGAUGUCAGGCCUUUUACCAAACGCGUUAAGUACUAAUAGAAAUCCGUACCACGUGAAAACCGAAGAAAGUAUUGACACUACAAAUUCAGGAUUCUUCACCAAAUCGGAUUCUGACCCAGAAUUCGAUAAAGACAUUCACCUAAACAACGUCAACAAUCAGCAUAGCAACUGCAAACAAAGUGGAACCCCCUUCACUCAAACUAUAAAUCAAAUAGACCAUCACCAGAAGAAGCCGUUUGCCGGCCGAUGCCCAGAAAACCACACGCAACAACACCAAAACUUCGGCAACAAUGAGACUUCAAGAGAAGCUCACGAAAGCGUCCUUGACAACGACGCACAAAACACCCGCCCCCAGCCUCAUUCGCAGUGGAGCUAUGACGGGCGCACGUCUUCCUUCAGCGACGACAGCUUCAACGACACCAAGAACAACAGCAACAAUAACGACGACAACAACAACGACAACGACGAGAACGGCAACCUCAACUGUGGCUCUGACGGUGACUUGGAUGAUGACGAGACCUCAGGCUAUGACUUUGACCCAGUAAGCCGACCAAGCCCCAGCGCCCCCAACAAAAUUCUCGGGUGA